AUGAGACAGCUUGAGUUGAAGUUGCCCUUCAUCGACGCCUUGAUGCUCAUUCCACCUUAUCAGAAAUUUCUGAAGGAUGCUGUUCAGCAAAGAACCAGGGAAGCACAAGGGAUGGUAGUGUUGACUCGCGAGUGCAGUGCAAUCAUUCAGCGGAAGGUCAUCUCCGACAAAAAGGAAGAUCCGGGGAGUUUCACUUUACCUGCAUCGAAGAGACUGGGAUAUCACAAGUACCAAGCCUGCGGAAUCUCACUAGUCUUGGCAGAUAGAUCGAUAAGGUUACCAACUGGGAUGCUUGAAGACCUGCCUUUGAGGAUAGGGAAUGUGGAAAUCCCCACAGACUUCAUUGUGCUUGAGAUGGAUGAGGAACCAACAGAUCCAUUGAUUCUAGGAAGGCCAUUCCUAGCUACAGCAAGAGCAAUGAUAGAUGUCUGUGAAGGAACAAUUGAGUUAAACUUGGGAAAGGACCUAAGGAUGAAGUUUGAUAUCAAGGAUACAAUGAGGAAACCAACUAUAGAAGGUCAGCUCUUUUAUGUUGAGGAAAUGGAUCAGUUGGCAGAUGAGCUUCUAGAAGAGUUAUCAACAGAGGAUCCCUACAAUUUGCGAAGUCAUGGCAGUGAGCUCGAUCAAGAACUCGAUCGAGUCGAGCCUCGAACAAACGAACUCGAUCGAGCUGGGGCUGAAUGCAAGGAACAAGCUCAAGGAGAUUGGUCUGAGCUCAAGGCACCUAAAGUCGACCUCAAACCUUUGCCUGAGGGCCUCAGGUAUGCAUUUCUGGGUGAAAACUCAACUUACCCUGUCAUUGUGAACUCUGAUUUGGAACCUGAACAGUUGAGUGCUUUGCUUGUUGAAUUGAGGAAGUACAGAAAGGCAAUAGGUUACACUCUAGAUGAUAUCAAGGGGAUCUCCCCUGACCUAUGCAUCCAUAGGAUUCAUCUAGAGGAUGAAAGUAAGUCAAGCAUUGAACCUCAGAGAAGGUUGAACCCCAAUCUAAAGGAAGUAGUGAAGAAAGAGAUACUCAAGUUGCUUGAUGCUGGGAUAAUCUAUCCCAUCAGUGAUAGCACUUGGAUAUCUCCAGUUCAUUGCGUCCCAAAGAAAGGGGGGAUCACUGUCAUUAAAAACGACAAAGAGGAGCUGAUUCCCACUAGAACAAUAGUGGGGCAUCGCAUGUGUAUUGACUAUAGGAAGCUAAAUUCAGCAUCUAGAAAGGAUCAUUUCCCUCUCCCUUUCAUUGAUCAGAUGUUAGAAAGAUUGGCAAACCACCCUUUUUAUUGUUUUCUUGAUGGCUACAGUGGUUUCUUCCAAAUCCCGAUCCACCCUAAUGAUCAGGAGAAGACCACUUUCACAUGCCCUUAUGGCACCUUUGCUUAUCGAAGGAUGCCAUUUGGGCUGUGCAAUGCUCCAGCUACUUUCCAGAGGUGCAUGACCUCCAUUUUUUCAGAUCUGAUAGAGGAGAUGGUAGAAGUCUUCAUGGACGAUUUCUCAGUCUAUGGAGCAUCCUUCUCCUCAUGUUUGUCUAACUUGUGCAGGGUGUUGCAGAGGUGUGAGGAGACCAAUCUAGUACUCAACUGGGAGAAGUGCCACUUCAUGGUUCGAGAAGGGAUUGUGCUUGGACACAAGAUUUCCGAGAAAGGGAUCGAGCUCGAUCGAGCUAAGGUGGAUGUCAUGUUGCAGCUCCCUGUUCCCAAGACUGUGAAGGACAUAAGGAGUUUUCUGGGUCAUGCAGGGUUCUACAGAAGAUUCAUCAAGGAUUUCUCAAAGAUAGCAAGACCCUUGACAAGGCUUCUGUGCAAGGAGACAGAUUUUGAGUUUGAUGAAGAAUGCCACAAGUCUUGGACCUUGCUGAAGGAUGCUCUGGUAUCUGCGCCAAUAGUACAAGCUCCAAACUGGGAUCACCCAUUUGAGAUUAUGUGUGAUGCAUCUGACUAUGCAGUAGGAGCAGUGCUUGGCCAAAAGAUAGACAAGAAACUCAAUGUCAUCUACUAUGCAAGCAAGACUAUGGAUGAUGCUCAGUGCAAGUAUGCAACCACAGAGAAGGAACUCCUUGCCAUAGUCUUUGCCUUUGAGAAGUUUCGAAGCUAUAUAGUUGGAUCCAAGGUGAUUGUGCACACUGACCAUGCUGCCCUUAGACACAUCUUCGCUAAGAAAGAUACAAAGCCAAGACUUCUCAGAUGGAUCCUUUUGCUUCAAGAGUUUGAUAUAGAAGUUGUGGACAAAAAGGGAGUAGAAAAUGGAGUUGCUGAUCAUCUCUCUAGGAUGCGAGUUGAAGACAUGAUCCCCAUCAAUGAUUCUAUGCCUGAAGAACAGCUUAUGGCAAUCAUGAUCUUGAAAGGAGAGUUUUGA